AUGAAUUUGAUUUACUUAGUUUUUAAAAUUAAAUUCCUUUUCUUAGCAUUACCAAAUAUAUGCUAGAGCAUUUAAGUACAGCAGUGUCCUGAACUAUAAACGUAUUAAAAUGUUAGAAUUGCUGAAGGAUAUGUUAUUUAGAGCUUUGUUAAAAUAGCAAAAACUAACAUUCUGAUGAUUAAUACAAUCCAGCAAACUAAAUAAGAUUCUAGCAUAGUUUAUUACAAUGAUUUAUCAGUUCAAUCUGGCGAGAUUAUUAACGUUAUUAAACCUGACUAUCCAAUAAUUAACAUGAUCUAUUUGGAAUAAUACAAUAAAAUUCUUGCAUCUAACUAAGAAAAAGUUGUUUUAGUAGAUGUUUAUAAUUUAAAACCAGAAAAAUCAAUACAAUUAUUGCAGAUUCAGUCAAUUGAAUUGAUUUAAGAUACUAAUCUAGUCAUCAUAACUAAAAAAUAUUACUUGCUUUUAAUUCUAGAUCUAAAGAGUUUUGAAGUGGUAGCAACUUUGGAUAGUUCUAGCAAUUUUAUAUCUAAGGAUGAAGUUCAAUAUUAGUCAAAGUUUUAUCAAUUAUUCAAUAAAAAAUAAUAAAAGUUCAUUAUGACUCACUAUAAAUAAGUGUUUAUCUCUUGGAGUUACGAUCCAUCUACACAUAAGUGGAAAUUCUUAGAAGACUUACUUAAUACGAAUGGUGAUGUUAGGAAAGAAAAUAAGAGUAUAACAAGAUUACCAAACACAGAUAUAUUUUUUUUUUGUGAUUUAGAAUACGCAAUCCAAGUUAUUGAAAUAAUAGAUAUAGAAACUAAUGAAGUAAAUUCUCUAGCAGAUAUCAAAUUAAAUGGGUAAUCUGAUUCUUUGUAGCAGCUAUUCAAUGUAGCUUUAAAAUACAUUGAACUUAAUGGCUAAAAAGUGCUUUUUCUUAUAGCAGGCGAUGAUUAAUACAUCUAUACUGCAUAACUAGCUGUUGAUUUAACAAAAAAAACUUUCAAAGUAGCUAAAAAGGGUUAAUAAUAGUUAGUAGAAGUUAAAAGAGAAGACUAAGUGUUGAGGUGGUAUGACUUAUAAGAUGAAAGAAAGUUAGUAAUUGGAAACUCAAAAUAAGCAAUAGUCUAUGAUUACUAAUAGAAGUAGUCAUACUAUAAUUUAUGGUAUUUAUCUGAUUCAUACAAUAAGGCUAUUUCUUUUACGAAUAGCUAAGAGUAAUAACUAUAUGUCUUUCUUUAGCAAAAAUAGUUAGUUAUUGCAGAAAAAGGAAAUUUUGGAAAAGCAAAAAUGACUUAUUCUUUAUCAAAUUCACUUUUGAAAAACUACAACAGUGCUUUUCAAGUUAAGUUUUGCUAACAUUGCCUGGCAAUAAAAACAGUUAAUGAUAAUCAAGAAGGAGCAUUUUUAACAUAGAUUGACCUUUCUAAAGAAUUUGAAGAAUAAAUUUUAUUUACUUACCUAUCUUAUUUAUUUUAGUAAAUGAUUUUUGAUUUUAGCAAUUUUGGGAUAGAUAAUUGGAAUUAAUUCAGUUAUAUUGACUUUUUCUUUCAUGACAAUACUGUUUUUGCAAUAGUUUCCUAGUAGGAAGCUGGAUAUUUAUUUGUAAUAAUCAAUUUAUCAUCUCAAAGCUUUUAUUAGCUCUUUUCUGAAAGCGAUAAUGACUCAAAAAAUAGCGGAUUAUGUUCAGUAAUCUAACAAAUCACUAAUGACAAAUAUGAAAUUAUUGGUUUAGACAAUUUAGGAUAUGUUUAUACUUGGAGUUUCCCAGACAAUAAGAUUAAAUAUUUUUACAAAAUGAAUGAUUGCUUGAAUCCUUCUAUUGCAGAACUCAUGAGUUUGUAAGAUGGUUCAAGGAGAGUUAUUGUAUAUUGUAAAGAUGGAAAUAUUUUUAGUUAUAACUUUGACAAAGGUACUGACUAGCAAGUAAUUUGGAAAUUAACUUCACAACCACUUACUAUGAAAGUUUAAGCAAAUUUACUUUUUUUUGGUGAAAAAGAUAUAGGAGACAUUUUUAUAUUUAAAUAUGACGAAUCUAAAAAAGAUUUUUAGUUAUUUUUGUAAUUUUAGUCAGGUGUUAUUAAAAAUACUUUAAUUUGGAUAGAUUUACUUAAGAAUAACUAACUUUGGAUUUAAUAUUAAUACAUCAAUAUAUUUUUUUAAUUGGAUAGCUGUUUUAAUGACCCUAAAAACUGCUAAUAGUGCUCAAAAUAAUUUUAUUUCAACGUAACAGAAAAACCAAUUUACGAAGGCUUUUAUGGUUCAGGAAUUAAGAAUAAUCCUUAUUCUUCUUCUUCAAUGUUUUUUUAGAAAAUAGUUUAGAUUUAAUACUACAAAGAUUUAAUUAAGGGAGUAUCUAAUAUUAUAGUAGAUAAUAUUUUGGAUAGUAGCUCGUAGUUUGAAAUCAAAAAAGAAUUCAUGAACUUUGAUUUUACUUCUAUUAUAUCUCUAUAGUUUAAAAGUAAUUAAACAGAUAAAAAUGCUGUCAUUUAAUACAAUGAUUAGUUAUUAUUAUCAAACUACUAAUCGUUCAGUCUUGAAAAUAUCAAUCUAAAUUUUAGUAUAUAAGAUGGAAAAUAGUGUGGCAUAAGAUUCUAAAAUAUUACAAAUUAAGCUUACUUGCUUAAUCUAAAAAUUGUCUCAAAUAUGAUUAAUUGCUACUACUUUAUAGUAGACUCAUCUUAGUUAAAUAUAAAAGAUUUAUAUUUAGAUAGUCUAUAUUUUAAAGAAAAUAGACCAGUUAUACAAGCAUCAAAUACUGAUAAGAUAAAUAUAGAAAAUUUAGUGAUUAAUAAUUGUACUCUUGGAUAAGAUUUCAGUGUUUUGUCUUAACUAACGGAUAUAAGUGCAAAUUUAACUAAAGUCUAGAUAUCAAACAAUAAGGUUUUAAAUACAUAGCAAAAUAGCAAUGUUUUAUCUUCUUUAUUUUCUGCUGCUUAGAUAUAUGCAGAUAAAUUAGAUUUUUAUAAUAAUGUCUUCAAAAAUAAAAUUAUGUUUACUAUUGUUUCAUCUAUAAAACAAUAAAACCAAACUUUUACUUUCAAGGCAGUUAACAUAACUAAAAAUGAAUUUUAUUCAAGAAUGCCUUACAUCUUCUUUAAUUCGCUUUACUCAAUGCUGUACAAUCCAGAUCAUAAUUUAUACUUUGAAGACAUCACAUUUGAAGAAAAUAUUAUUGUUUAAUAGGAUAAUUAGGACCUUCCAAUAGCUUCUUUUAUCGAAACUGAUAAAAUUAAACUCAUAGAUAUGAAGAACAUCCGAUUUAAAAAUCACUAUAAUAUUAAACUCAUGCUUAACUAGAAUACAUACUAAAUCUUUAUUGAUGGAAUUUUUUGUGAAAACUCAGAUGAAUUUAAAUAAGAAAUUCCAUAAAAUUAGAUGUUGACAGGUUGUUUUUAAAUAAACGAAGCAUCCUAGAUUUUUAUAAAAAAUAUCAAUGUUAAUAAUUUGAUUGUAAAAAAUUAACCCGUUAUCAGUAUUCAAAAUUUCAAAUAGGAGUAUUUGAUGGCUAAUAUAACUAUUGGGAAUUUCAAUACAACUUCCCUUAUUUAAACAGAAGCUAACCAGUAUGCCAGCAUGAUUUAAAUUAAUAGCUAUUUUAUGGUCGAUAUAUUUUUAAAUAAAUGCAAUUUUACUUAAAAUAGUUUAAACUCUGAUAAAUUUAUUUUGGUGUAUUCUGCAAGUGCACUUUAUCUAUAGAGUUAUAAAGGAAACUCAAACAUAACUGAUUGUUACUUUUAGAAUUCCUAUAGUAACUCUAAAUAUAAUUUUGUAUAUUUAUAAAGUAAGGAGGUCUAUUUGUAAAAUGUUCACUUCUAGAAAUCCUCAUUUUUUAUGGAAAGUGAUACGUUGCCUAAAAACUUUGAAGAAUAUUAAUAAUAAGGAGGAAUGCUAAAUUUAAAUGUAUAAAAUUUAAAGGUUUUAAAUUCUUCUUUUAUUCAAUCGACUUCUUCCAAAGGAUCUUUUUUCUACAUAAACUCUUUUUCAAAUACACUCAACAUAAAUUUUGAAAAUACAGAAUUUUCUGAAGGAUUCAGCUUAAUAGAUGGAGGAGCCAUUUUUAUCGAUACAAGUGGAGCUUUUCUUGUCUUAGAUUUCAAAAACUGUUCUUUCUCUGAUAUUUACACGCUGUCACCAAAUGGAAAUUCAAUAGAUUUUGAGAAAUAAUCUGAAAAUUCAAGUUAACAACAUGACAUAUUAGCAUUUUAAGAUGGAAAAAUUUAGAAUAUUUAUGGAAUGGAAGAUAGCUAUUUUUUGAAAAUAAAGUCAUCAAGUUUAGGAUUAUAAAAUAUUUAAUAUAAACAAUAAGAUCAAGCAAUUUCAAACUCAAAAGCUCUCAAAAAAUUUAAGUCAUAUGAUAAACAUUAAUUAUCUGGGUUUUUUAAUAUUACUUAAAGUGUUUUGAAAAUAAAAGGUAGUAACUUUACCAAUUUAUAAAUGCUAAAGAGCGAAACUCCGAUGCUUGUAUCAUCUAUUUCAUCUCAAAUUUAUUUUUAAAAUGGAAUAAUAAAAGACUGCAUAUUUAGUAGCUAUUUAAUAUUUGCUGGAGCAGCAUCAAAUAUAAUAUUGGAAAAUACCUCGUUUGAAUCUAUACAUUAACAUAAAGAUGAUUUAAGAUUGAUUUAAAAUCUAAUUACAGAUUAAAAACCUUCUAACUAAUCUAGUUCAAUGAUACAUCUAAAUAAUGGAUCUCUUAAAAUAACAAAAAAUAGUCUAUUUAAAGAUAUAAAAUGCACUAAUAACUGCAACGGUGGUGCAUUUUAGUUGAUCAAAUCCAAAUUUGAUAUCUAAGACUCUAUAUUUGACUCUGUUAAGGCAAGCUUUGGUGGAAGUAUAUUUGUGUCAGGGAUUAUAAAUGAUCGAAAUAAUAUGCAAUAAGUUAUAUUUAAAAAUUGCAAAGCUUUAUACAAUGGAGGUUCAUUAUAUUUGCUUUUCUAAUAAGAUGAUUUUUUAUUCAAUCUUACCAUUAAGUAAGUUUAAUUUAUAUCAAAUGAAUCUGAAGAAGGUAGAGGAGGAGCUGUAUUUGUUUAAUCUUUAAAGCAAAAUCCAUAGGAUUAAAUACUAUAAAUUACUGAUUCUUAAUUUAUAAGAAAUAAAGCAUUAGUAGGUGGAGCUAUCUAUUAAAUUAACAUGAAUCCUAAAUUGCUUGGAUAAAAUAUAUUUUCAGAUAACUAAUAUGUUUACUAUGGAAAAGACAUUAUUUCAUAUCCAACAAAUUUAAAAUUUGUAGAAGAAUAGUCCUUUCUUUAAAAUUUUCCUUCUGCUAAGCUUGAAAAAGGAAUUAUUUUCAUUGAAAGUUUUAGAAGUGGAGCAUCAAUUUAAGAUAUUAUUUUUGAGUUUUAGAAUUAAAGAUAAGAAAAGAUGAUUCCUGUUUCCUAGGAUGAAAUAGAUAAUUGGAAUAUUGAGGUAAAAAUUAAGGCAUUGAAUUCAAGCGAAAAUAGUUUAAAUUUACAGGGAGAACAAUAAGUAUUUUAUGACUAAGAUACUAAAUCUUUUAAAUUUAAAGAACUUAAAAUAUUUGGAAAACCUGGUCAACUUGCUUCACUAUAGUUUAGAUCGAAUAAUAUUUACACGUUAAGCUAAACAACAAACACUUACAUUCAGGACUACUCUUAUAAUAUUUAAAUUAGUUUUAGAGAAUGUAUAUAAGGAGAGGAAAAAAAUACUUUUAACAACAUUAUUUAAUGCAAUAUUUGCGAACCAGGGACCUACUCAUUAUCAGUAUCUAAAGGGUGCUAGGAAUGUCUUGAAGGAGCUCUCUGUUAAGGUGGAAGCAAUCUUAUUACAAAAUAAGGCUAUUGGAGAAAGUCACUUGAUAGUGAAAAUGUCUUGAAAUGCUAUAAUCUUCCUGCCAAUUGUAUUGGUGGAUCUUAUGGGAAUUAAUCAUGUUACGAAGGACAUAUUGGCGCUCUUUGCGAGGAAUGUGAUUUAUAAGGAGAUUAAUGGGGUGAUUAUUUUGCAAAAUCAGGAAAAUACUAAUGUAUAAGAUGUUCUGAAAUAAAGUAUAACAUAUGGUUGUCUUUAAUAUCAAUAAUUUGGACUUUAAUAUCUAUGUCUUUAGCAAUCAAAGGAAACAUGGACUAGCUUAAAUAGAGUGUAGCUGCACUUGCUAUACAAAGGCAGAUUAGAUAUAAGUCCUAUUAAAGAAACUAGUCAUCUUUAAAUUUAUCGUCAAAUUUAAAUCAAUAGAACCAAACCAACGAUAAAUCUGGUGUGUAUAUCAAAUUAUUUACUAAUUAUAUUUAAAUUGUCAGCUCGAUUGCCACCUUUAAUUUAUCCAUUCCAUAAGGAAUUUUUGAAUUUCCUCAAACAGUGGGAUCUCCAACAAAACAAAUUUAAGUGCAAUUUGAUUGCAUAAUAAGAAAAACAGAUAUUGAUAUCCCUAUUAUUUAUACAAGACUAAUUUUUUCUAUGCUUUUUCCAAUAUUUUACAUGAUUAUUUUCCUUUUGGGAAUCUUUUUGUUACAUUGUAUCAGAAAAGAGAAGAAAUUUGACUGGUUUGUUGUAUCCACCUCUGCAAUAUUUUUAAUUAUUUAUAUGCAACCUGAUUUAGUAGCUUAAAUAAUAGCUUUAAUGUCCUGUAGAACUAUUGGAGAUACUGAUUAUAUUUUAUCUAAUGUUUCUUUUGAAUGCUACACUGAAGAACACAAGUAUUAUACUUUAAUACUCAUGUUUCCACUGCUUCUAUUAUGGGUACUUAUAUUGCCAAUAACGCUUUUCGUUAUUUUGGUAAGAAAUAAACAAAAAUUAGAUUCGAUUGAUGCUCAGCUAAAAUUAGGUUUUUUGUAUAAGGAGUACAAAAAUUAAGCUUUUUAUUGGGAGUUUGUAAAAAUGUUCUAAAAGAUAGCUAUCAUACUUGCACUUAACUUUUACUCACAAGAAAUUGUAGUAAAAGGUGUACUCGUUUACAUAAUUAUAGUGAUUUAUGGUAUUAUUUCAAUGAGAAUACAUCCUUACAAGGAAAGCUAGAUAAAUGAAAUAGAUGUGAAUUCUACUAACGUCUGUGCUAUUACAGUUUUAAUAGGCAUAUUUCUUUAUAAAAAUCCCUUUGAUUAUUUUGUAUAUUUCUCAUUUAGUCUGAUUUUGAUAAUAAAUAUCUGGCUUAUUUGUAAGAUCUUAAACAGGAUCAUUAAAAUUUAUUUGACCAAAAUUAAAAUUAAGCUAAAGCAUUACAUCCAAAAAUUAUCUGAAAAGUUUCCUGUUUUUAAAAAGCUUCAAAUUAUUUAGAAAGAAAAGAAAUAAAUAAAUGAUUAACUCAAAAAAAAAAUAUAACUUUUGUUUCGCAAAUAUUUGAAUAUGAGUUCAUAAUAAAAAAAGCAAUUCUUCCUAAAAAUCAUGGAAUCUGAAUUAGUUUAAAAACAUGGACACAUAUUUAAGCAUGAAUCUUAAUACAUUAGCUAAGAAUUAUCUCAUAAUCAUCAUUUAAAUCACGAAAAUAUGGUACCAAAUACAACAACAAGAAUCUAGCUGAUUACGAGCUAGAAGCUAGAUUGUUCAAAUAAAAGUCAAAGUUAACAAUAGAACAAGUAAGACUAUGACCAAAAAACACUAAACGAAGCUGAAAUGAAAUCAAGACAUUCUGAAGAAUCAAGUGGUUUUUUUUCAGUCAACACUCUAAAAGCAAUAAAGUACUUUUAAAGUUAAAAAUAGCUAAGUAUUUAAAUGUAAACAAAUACCCCAAACAAUCCAGAUUAAGUUGACUGA